AUGGCUGCUGCUCGCAUCACCCCCAAGAUGGCCACCCUUACCAGGGCCGCCCGCCCCGUCUUCCGCGCUCCCGUCCAGCAGCGCGCCUUCACCGUUGCCAGCCCUGCUGCCAAGCGUGUCACUCCCUUCCAGGCCGUCAAGCGCCAGCAGCCCUCUGCCAUCCUCAGGGCCGCUCAGUUCAACAAGCAGACCGCCCGCCCCUACAGCUCCGAGAUGGCCAACGCCCUCGUCCAGGUCUCGCAGAACCUCGGCAUGGGUAACGCCGCCAUUGGUCUUGGUGGUGCCGGUAUCGGUAUCGGUGUCGUUUUCGGUGCUCUCAUCCUUGCUGUCGGCCGCAACCCCAGCAUGCGUGGCCAGCUCUUCUCCUACGCCAUUCUUGGUUUCGCCUUCGUCGAGGCCAUCGGUCUUUUCGACCUCAUGGUUGCCAUGAUGGCCAAGUUCGUGUAA